AUGGCCGGCUCUUCGCGCAACGCCUCGCCCAUCAAGCGCCUGAUGACGGAGCUGCAGACGUACCAGUCCAACAAGAACGAGGUGCUGUACGACUUGGGCCCGACAGAUGAGGACGUCAUGCAGUGGCGGGCUGUCAUGAAGGGCGUGCCAGGAACAGCAUACGAAGACGGCUGCUGGCUCCUCUCCAUCUCCAUCCCAGCGUCAUACCCGCUUGCGCCGCCCACAGUGCGCUUCAUAACGCCCAUCUGCCACCCCAACGUCGACUUCAAGACGGGCGAGAUCUGCCUGGACCUGCUCAAGACAUCGUGGACCCCCGCUUACACCAUCUCCACCACCAUGACCAGCAUACACCAGCUGCUUACGAGCGCCGAGCCAGACAGCCCGCUCAACAUCGAUGUCGCGCAGCUGUUCCGCACCGGCGACGAGGUCGGCGCACGCAGCUUGAUUAGGUGGUAUACCGUCAGCGAGCGGUACGAGUGGAAGUCAAGCCCGUGA